AUAAACUCUACCCUCUCACCCAAAAUAUCGUCCUGAGCCGCUGCUCUCUUUCUUCUUUCUCCUAAAACCCUAGCCGUAGGGUUUUUGAGCUUCUUCAUCUAAUACCGUAAAAAGUUCCUCUCUCUCUCUGGUUUUUUUUUUCCAAGUUCGCUUCUUCUUUUUUGUUAUUGUAAAAUGGGUAAAUCCUCCAAGAAAUCGACUCCAAAAGUUGAUGCUGCUCCUGCUGCUGGCGCAACAACCCCGGGGAAACAAUUGAAGAAAGGUAAGAGAGAGGCCGAGGAGUUGAUUGAAAAGGAAGUUGUCGUGAAGAAACAGAAGAAAGGAGCUGGGAUACAGGAGGCUAUAGAAAAGAAGAAGAUUGAGGUCAAGACUGAGAAGAAGAAGGUGGUUUCUUCUGAUGAUGAAUCUACUUCAUCUGAAGAGGAAGAUCUCAAAAAGGCGGCUACUAAACGUGGAAUUCCUGCCAAAGUGGAUGUAAAAGAUUCAAGUAGUGAAGACGAAUCUUCUGAUGAAGAGCGUCCCGCUAAAGCAGCUGCAACUGAGAAGGAACCACCUUUGUCUGCCACCAAGAAUGGCACAGCAAAGAAAGGAAAGCAGUCCAUUGAUUCAGACUCAUCAGAUGAUAGCGAUUCUGACGAAGAUGAGGUUCCUAAAACCAAGGCUUUAGGUGCAGCUAAAAAUGCCCCUGCAGCACCUAACAAGAAGAAACAGGAGUCCUCCAGUGAAUCAGAGUCUGACGAUGAAAGUAGUGAUUCAGAUGAGGAUACUGGUCCUACUAAAAAGUUACCUGCCAAGAAUGGACCAGUUAAAGCUGCCAACAAGAAAGAUGAUUCUGAUUCGGAGGAUGACAGUAGCACUUCAGAGGAUGAGAAACCAUCUGCUGGGGCAGUUAAGACACCUGCCACAGUUGUAAAGAAACAGGUUUUGGAGGAUAGCAGCAGCUCUGAUGAUGAUGUUCCUGCAACUAAGAAACCAGCUGCCGUUAAGGCCCAGCCUGCGGGUGCUUCCAAAAAGAAAGUUGAGUCUCCUGAUGAAUCUGAUUCAGAUGAUGAAACAAGUGAUUCAGAUUCGGACUCAGACAUCAAGCUGCAGCCAGCACCACAUAAAGCUGUUUCUCCCAAGAGGCCAUCCCCUGCUGCUGAAAACAAGCAGGUGAAUAAAGACAGUAGUGAGGAAGACACAUCUGAUGAGGAAAGUGAAGAUGAGGAGCCUCAGAAAAAGAAGAGUAAAGUUGUGCCCACUGGUGUUCUGAAAUCCAGUGCUAAAGGCGGGAAAACAGAAAGUAGUAGUGAAGAGGAAAGUUCUGAUGAGGAACCGCCAAAGGCAAACAAGCCUGUGCAACCAAAGAUAAGCAUCUCAGAUGAAUCAUCUUCCGAAGAUGAAGAAGAAACUUCUGAGGAUGAGGAAGAGCCGACCAAAACCCCACAAAAGAAGGAUAUUGAUGUUAAAAUGGUUGAUGCCUUGCCUAAAAAGGAGAAUUCUGUGAAGGGUGGUUUGUCAUCAGAAAGGAAGGAACCCAAGACUCCUGGCACUCAGUCCGAGACAUGCAACACAGUGUUCGUUGGGAAUCUAUCAUUCUCGGUUGAGCAGGCUGAUGUGGAGAACUUCUUCAAAGACUGUGGAGAGAUUGUCGAGAUUCGUUUUAGCAUGCAUCCAGAUGGUUCAUUUAAGGGCUUUGGCCAUAUUGAGUUUGCUACUGCUGAAGCAGCCCAAAAGGCCGUUAACGAGUUGAAUGGUCAAGACUUCUUGGGCCGUAGAUUGAAGGUUGACAUUGCUAGGGAACGGGGAUCCAAUACACCACAGAGCGGCAACGACAGAAGUUCAUUCCAGAAGGGGUUUGGAUCUCAAGGGCCAACAAUAUUCGUCCGCGGAUUUGAGAGUAAUGUGGAUGAAAAUGAAAUCAAGGGGGCAUUGAGGGAGCAUUUUGAGUCAUGUGGAGAGAUAACAAGAAUAUCUCUUCCAAGGGGUGACAAUGGACUGAAAGGGUUUGCUUAUAUCGGGUUUUCAGACAAUGAUGCUAUUAACAAAGCUCUGGAAUACGAUAACUCAGAAUUUAAAGAGUCUACUCUAACAGUGGAAGAGGCGAGACCAAGAGGUGAUGGCCAUGAUAGUGCUGGUGGUGGGAGAAGUGGUGGCAGGGAUGGAGGAGGUAGAUUUGGUGGCAGGCGAGGUGGCGGCCGUUUUGGCAACAGUGGUGGCCGUUUUGGCAACAGUGGUGGCCGUUUUGGCAACAGUGGCGGCCGUUUUGGCAAUGGUGGUGGCCGCUUUGGUGGUGGUGGCCGUGGAGGUGGUGGCAGAGGUCGUGGAACUCCUAACAAAACUAGUAUGGCUACAGUUGGUACUGGGAAGAAGACAACGUUUGAUGACUAGCAAGAAGUGGAUUUGAAGCACUUGAUGGAUAUUUAUUAAUUUUUACAUUAUAUGCAUUUGAGUUGUAAUGUGGAAUUCUGGCUCAUACAGCCUACAAAUGUUCGACUUGCUAUUUUGUUUCGUUAAGAGAUUCAUAUAUAUAAUGACUAUAUCGGAUGGAUAUUGGUUUGAUUCUCAAAACUGCAUAUUAGGGGCACACGCCUGUUUAGAGUGGAAUGAAUAAUUUCCGCACCUUUGAUG